CUAUUACAAGUUUCCCAUCGGAAUCCCUUGGAUAGUUUCCUAAUAUAAACAAAGUAUUGUUUCUUAAGCAGCGUCAACAGCUCCUAACCUGAGCUAUCCGUGAAUGAUAUUGUUUAUUGGACAUUGAAGAUGACUUCUUUCUCACUUUUAAACAUUUUAAAACAUUCUUCACUGAACAAGCUAAUAUCUCCAGGACGUGUGCUAGGAGGGCGACCUGUGUUGACGAUAUCACAACAACGGCGAUCAUCAAGUUCUAUCAAACCAAACCACAAGGUGCUGUACGAUGGGAAUUGUCCAAUAUGCGUAAAAGAGGUCAACCUUCUUCAGAGGGCCAACAACGGCUCCGUCAAGUUUGUCGAUAUUACUAAAGGGAGAUACAACCCCGCCGACCACCAGGGAAUACAGUACGAGGAUGCGAUGGGGGCACUGCACGUCAUAUCACCCGACAAAAAGUUGUUUGUCGGCAUGGAUGGAACCCGGGAGUUGUAUCGCGCAUUAGGGUUAGGGUGGAUGGUGUCGUUCACAGAGCUUCCGGGAGUAAAGUCGGUAGCAGACAACGCCUACCGAUGGUUCGCUCUCAACAGGUAUUGGUUGACAGGCCGAUUAGGGGAAAGUAAGGAGGAGGAGGACUGUGAUUCCGGUAGAUGUAAGAUCCCAAACAAUGGUCAACGGAAGCGGUGAUGACUUGGACAUGUCAGUGGUUUGCUGAAUGCAUUUACUUGUUUUAGCUGGUUUGGAAAUUCUUCUAUAGUUAUCUGAUAAUGUUAAAUGUGAUAUAUCGUCCCCAUUAUGAAAACUUGAAUGUGGAAUCUGUUAAUACACUUUUUUGUUUGUACCGUAUACAAUUGGUUAUUCCCCAUAUUUUACCUUUCUCCAAAAAUGUCUUUCUAUGAAAAAACAACCAAAUGAAAUCUGGGAGAUCAAUCAGAUCAUCAUAUACAUGUAUUAAAUAUGUCACCACACUAUACAUAUAAUAUACUUCCACGUGGUUUGCAAAUUGAAGUAAAUGGUGCCAGUGUAUCAAAUCGCGAAUACCUUUAAGGAAUUCAUGUCGAAACUGUUCGAUUUUAUUCAAACUUAAAUACGAAAAACAACAAACAUGUUUCCAGCAAGCAUGGUGCUCUCGACCAUGCGUUUAUAAUUCCUAAUAACAGCAUGAAAUUAAUUUUGUAUUCUAAAAUACUCCUUUAAAUAAAUACUUACUGAUAGUGUCGUACAUAUGAAGUAGAAGACCCCCCCCCCCCCAAUGCCUUUUUGGUAACUUUACAAAUUGUCUCUAUGCGAGUCGAUAUUUUCACCACAUCUUACUCUCGUUUUAUCGAGAUACACAGCAAAAAGGUGUUGUACGAAGUUUGUUAAAACUUGUAGUCAUGAUAUUAACCAUGUUUUAUAUCAACUUGAUUCUUAUGAUUCAUGUUUUUUAUUCUGUAUUUUAUUUACCAUAUGUCAAAUUGUUGUUACAGUUGUUGGAUGAUUUCUAAUAAAAUAUAUAAAAAAUAUA